AUGGAGAGGAUGAGGAAGAAGAACGAGGCUCUGGAGGCGGAGCUGCUGCGAAGCCGGGAGAGGGAGGAGGCGGCGCGGAGGGAGCUGGCGGUGGCGCGCGAGCGCCUGCGGAUGUCCGAGGAGGCCGAGGAGCGGCUUUGUGCGCAGCUGGGUGAGGUGGAGGCCGAGGCUCUGGCGCAGGCCAGGGAGUACCUCCUCCAGAUACAGUCCCUCAUGAAGCGGCUCUCCUCCCUCCCGCCGCAGCCGCGGAAGGGCGCUGCCCCCGGCGGCGCUGCGGCGCUGGUGCCGGUGGCCCUCGAAAGGGCAGAAACCUUCUGA